AAUUGAAAGACAGAGAAGUGAGGACAGAGACGUGGAGAGACAGGGAGAGAGAAGUGAAGAGAGACACAGAGAGACAGAGACGUGGAGAGACACAGAGAGACGUGGAGAGAGACGAAGCAAGACGCUAAGCAAGGAGGGUGUGAGACAGGAGAAGCUUGGCUGCCCCUGGAGCCCCGGCCCCGCCUUCAUGCCCAGCAGGUGCCCCACCUGGCCCAUCCUCCCAGAUUCCCAACUCAGGGCUUCACCACACCCUCUCCCCAGGUAAGCCUCAGCCCGUGCUGCGGGUGGUCUGACUCACAGUCCCCCAGGUGACUCUCGAGGAGCGUCUGCAGGCAGGAGGAUGGCCCAAGUCCUGCACGUGCCGGCCCCCUUCCCAGGGACCCCCGGCCCAGCCUCCCCGCCCACCUUCCCCUCCAAGGAGCCCGACCUGCCCUACUCCGUGGAGACGCCCUACGGCUACCGCCUGGACCUGGACUUUCUCAAGUACGUGGACGACAUCGAGAAGGGCCACACGCUGCGGCGGGUGGCCGUGCAGCGCCGGCCCCGCCUCGGCUCCCUGCCCCGCGGCCCUGGCUCCUGGUGGACGUCCACCGAGUCUCUGUGCUCCAACGCCAGUGGGGACAGCCGCCACUCGGCCUACUCCUACUGCGGCCGAGGCUUCUACCCGCAGUACGGCGCCCUGGAGACCCGCGCCGGCUUCAACCCGCGCGUGGAGCGCACGCUGCUGGACGCCCGUCGCCGCCUCGAGGACCAGGCGGCCGCCCCCACCGGCCUGGGCUCCCUGACCCCCAGCGUGGCUGGCUCGACAAGCUCACUGGUGGGCGUGGGGCUGCCACCCCCGACGCCGCGGGGAUCGGGACUGUCCACGCCGGUGCCGCCCAGUGCUGGGCACCUGGCCCACGUGCGGGAGCAGAUGGCGGGGGCCCUGCGGAAGCUGCGACAGCUGGAGGAGCAGGUGAAACUGAUUCCCGUGCUCCAGGUGAAGCUGUCGGUGCUGCAGGAGGAGAAGCGGCAGCUCACGGUGCAGCUCAAGAGCCAGAAAUUCCUAGGCCACCCGGCGGGAGCCCGGGGGCGCAGUGAGCUCUGCCUGGACCUCCCCGAGACCCCCGAGGACCCGGUGGUGCUCGAGACCCGGAGCGUGGGCACCUGGGUCCGAGAGCGGGACUUGGGCAUGCCCGACGGGGAGGCAGCCCUUGCUGCUAAGGUCGCCGUGCUGGAGACCCAGCUCAAGAAAGCGCUCCAGGAGCUGCAGGCAGCUCAGGCCCGGCAGGCCGACCUCCAGCCCCAGGCCUGGCCGCCACCAGACAGCCCAGUUCGUGUGGACACUGUCCGGGUGGUGGAGGGGCCGAGGGAGGUAGAGGUGGCGGCCAGCACAGCUGCGGGGGCCCCUGCACAGCGGGCCCAGAGUCUGGAGCCCUACGGGGCAGGGCUGCGGGCCCUGGCGACAUCCGGCGGGGCCGAGAGCCCCCCUGUGUUCCGCAGCCACGAGGUGGUAGAGACAGUGUUCCCAACACCCCCUGCAUCCACCAGCAACGUCCACCUGAUAAAGAAGAUCAGCAUCACAGAGCGCAGCUGCGAUGGGGCAGCAGGUCUCCCACAGGCUCCUGCAGAGUCAUCCUUGUCACCCCCGGAGUCUGAGGGGGACUCCCCGGCGCAGCCAGAGAAGAACACAGGCCUGGUGCCUGCCCACGACGCCACCAACAGGGAGCCCACCAGGCAAGCAGCCCCGCAGGAGUCGGAGUCAGAGGAGGCCGGGGGUGCAGGAGGGCCCCAGGCAGGUGUGCCAUCCAUCAUGAAGCGGAAAGAGGAGCCCGCAGACCCUGAGACCCACCAGAGGAACCUCCAGUUCGUGGGGGUCAAUGGCAGCGUCUCCCCCAGGUAUGAGUCCUCAUCCGAGGAUUCCAGCACAGCAGAGAACUUCUCGGACAAUGAGAGUACAGAGAACGAGGCCCCAGAGCCAGAGGAGAGGGUUCCGAGUGUGGCUGAAGCCCCCCAACUCAGGCCCAAGGAGACGGCAAAGGCCAAGACCAGCCGGGAGGAGUGCCAGCUGUCCCGGGAGUCUCAGCAGGCGCCCACAGCUGAGGGGGCGUCGGGAUCAAGUGCGGAAGAGAUCCGGAUGGAGCUCAGCCCCGACCUCAUCUCAGCCUGCCUGGCCCUGGAGAAGUACCUGGAGAACCCCAAUGCCCUCACCGAGCGGGAGCUGAAAGUGGCCUACACCACGGUGCUGCAGGAGUGGCUGCGCCUGGCCUGCCGCAGCGAUGCCCACCCGGAGCUUGUGCGGCGCCACCUGGUCACCUUCCGGGCCAUGUCGGCGCGGCUGCUGGACUAUGUGGUCAACAUCGCCGACAGCAACGGCAACACCGCGCUGCACUACUCCGUGUCCCACGCCAACUUCCCCGUGGUGCGGCAGCUGCUCGACAGCGGUGUCUGCCAGGUGGAUAAGCAGAACCGCGCCGGCUACAGCCCCAUCAUGCUCACCGCCCUGGCCACCCUGAAGACCCAGCAUGACAUCGAGACUGUCCUGCAGCUCUUCCGGCUCGGCGAUGUCAAUGCCAAAGCCAGCCAGGCGGGGCAGACAGCCCUGAUGCUGGCUGUCAGCCACGGGCGGGUGGACGUGGUCAAAGCCCUGCUUGCCUGCGAGGCGGACGUCAACGUCCAAGAUGAUGACGGCUCCACGGCCCUCAUGUGUGCCUGCGAGCACGGCCACAAGGAGAUCACGGCGCUGCUGCUGGCUGUGCCCAGCUGCGACAUCUCUAUCACCGACCGCGAUGGGAGCACGGCUUUGAUGGUGGCCUUGGAUGCAGGACACAGUGAAAUUGCAUCCAUGCUAUACUCUCGCAUGAACAUCAAGUGCUCGUUUGCCCCGAUGUCGGAUGAAGAGAGUCCUGCGUCAUCCUCCGCAGAAGAGUAGCCGUGAGAGGGGCCCGAGGCGCCCCGGAGCGAAC